GUCGCUGCGAGCGCCCCCUAGAGGGGCCGCAGAGGUGAGCUGCAGCCCCAUACGCAGGGCGGGGGAGUGAGCUCCCCUUCCUCUAAAAUAGCGGCUACAGAGACCCCCCCACCCCAAAGGGGCUGGUCCCUCCCAAGGGAUAGAACUGUCCCCAAUAGGGGGCGGGGCAUGGAACUAGGGGGCGGAGCUUGGACCUCGGGAGGCGGGACUAUGGGAAAGCCUGGAGCUGCGGGAGAGGUUCAGAGCUGGGAGGGGGUCUCAAGAUAGCUGGGAAAUUUCCUACUGCUACAACCCCACCCCACGUCGGCUGUGUCACCCCCACCACUAUCACAAUGGGGUGGGGGGGCAGAGGCACCUGGGGCUGCAGGACCAGCAGGUCUGGGGUGGGGGGGGCUUACACCCAAAAAGCCCAGCACUCUCCAGGCUGCAAACAGAACCCAGGAGUCCAGGCUCCCAGCCCCCUCUGCUCUAGCCCACUAGACCCCACUCCCUUCCCAGAGCCAUGGAGAGAACCCAGGCGUCCGGGCUCCCUGCCCCUAUAUUCUAGGCUGGUGGGAAGAUGCAUGAGGAGUUCGUCCUGCCGUAUUACACGGCGGAUUGCGACCAGGCGCGAGGGCUGAUGAACACGGCCAUGGGGCCACUGCAGCGCCAGCUCCGGGCGGGCGAGUACGAGAUCUUCCAGUACGCCCCCAUAUUCGAGAGCGACUUCAUACAGAUCAGCAAGCGCGGGGAGGUGGUGGACGUGCACAAUCGUGUCCGAGUGGUCACGGUGGGCGUGGCCUGCACCAGCCCAGCCCUCCUGGUGCCCAACGUGCUGCUGCUGGCCCGGCCCGUGGUCCCCUCCGAGGAGAGCCGGGGCCGCCGGGGUCCCCCUGCCAAGGCACUAGAGCUUACCAGGCUGCUCCCGCUGCGGUUUGUGAAGAUCUCAGUGCACGACAGCGACAUGCGGCAGCUGCGGCUCAAGCUGGCCAGCGGCCGCUCGUUCUACCUGCAGCUCUGCCCCCAGGGCGACACCCACUGCGAGCUCUUCGACAUGUGGGUGCAGAUCGUCAACCUCCUCCGGCCGCCCGCCGAGGGGAGCUACGGGGGCCAGGCUCUGCCCGGAGACCCCGGGGCUUUCGGGGAACCCCUGUUUCGAGGCAUCAGCCAGGACACCACCGGGAGCCUGGAGUCACUGGCCGCCGAGGAAGAGGGCCUGGAUGCCUUGAGCGUCCGCAGUCUCCGGACCGCCAGCCCCUCCAGGGAUGACCCAGAGAGCUUGCGCAGCCGGACCCCCCCCAGCCUCAGCCCCUCGCUGCCCCGCAAGCCGCCCAGCGUGGGGAGGGGGUCGCAGCGGGGCGGGUCCACAGGGGAGCGCAGGAGCCAGGCUGAGUCGCCAGGGGGGUCACCGGCCCCCCAGGAGAGGAACCAGGGCAGCCUGCAGGGCAGCCAGGGGAGCAGCCCCUUGAGCAAGAAGAAAGAGUCCAGCAGGCGGGCAGAUCGAGGAGGGGGAACCACACGGAGCAAAUCAUCGCAGACCCGGAGUGUGGCGACCUUCUGUAAGGACAGUGCCACCCCGCUGGCAGCGGAGGAGGGGCUCUCUGGGCUCCUGGCCCAGCCUGGGGAGGGCGGUGCCGUGGGGUGUUACGGAGACCUAGGGGCCUUCACACCCCAAGAGCUGAAGGCGCUGGACAGCGAGGGGCGCGCGGUGAUCACCCACCACCGCAUACGCACCUCAGCACAGCAGGAGACCACUCUGACGGUGAUCAACGUGUACUGCCCCCGGGCCGACCCCCAGCGCCCCGAGCGCGCCGCCUACCAGGCGUCCUUCUACCGCCUGCUGCAGGGCCGGGCCGAGGCGCUGCUGAGAGACGGGGGCCACGUUGUGAUCUUGGGGGACAUUAACACAUCGCAUCGGCCCAUCGACCACUGCGAGCCCGGGGACCUGGAAGCGUUCCAGGAGCACCCAGGCCGGCGCUGGCUGGAUGGGUUCCUAUGGGUGCCAGACGGGCCCCCCGGGCAGGGGCUCUUCAUCGACACCUUCCGCCUCCUGCACCCCAGCCAGCCCUAUGCCUUCACCUGUUGGCGCAUCGACACUGGCGCCCGGCUCACCAACUACGGCACACGGCUAGACUACGUCCUGGCUGACCGGGCCCUGGCGCUGGCCGAGCUGCGGGACGCCCGCGUCCUGCCCGAGGUGCCCGGCUCCGACCACUGCCCCGUGCUGGCCGAGCUGGCGGCCACCUUCCUGCCGGCGCGCCGCUGCCCCCCGCUCUGCACCCGCCACAUGCCUGAAUUCGCCGGCACCCAGCAGAAGCUCAGCCGCUUUUUGGUCAGGGUGGAGCGGGGAGCGGGCGCGAUGUGUCAGGCGGCUGGGGCGGGGCGGGGGUGCUCUACACAGAGGGGGAGACGCCCACCCAGGGGGCAAGGAGACCUGCUGAGCUACUUCAGAGCCUCACAGGGCCAGCUGAGGACAGGCACGACCCCGAAUGCACUGGGGCAGAGCGGACAAGAGCCAGCCCAGGAUGCCCCAGGGCACAGGACACAGGAGAUGGCCCAUGAUGCACCAGGGCAGGGUGGACAACGGGAGCCCUGCAAUGGCUUGGUGCCCAGGGAGCUGAUGAUGGGGCAGGCAGCAGGCACCCAGGACAGCUGCACAGCCCGCUGGCGUGCAGUGCUGCCCGGCCCGGCCCCCCCACCCUGCUGCCCGGCCCAUGGGCAGCCCUGUGCCCUGCGCACCGUCCGCAAACCCGGCCCCAACCGUGGGCGGCGUUUCUACGUGUGCGCCCAGCCCCCUGGGCGCCCCAGCGACCCCCGCGCCCGCUGCGACUUCUUCCGCUGGGCCAGCAAGGGGCGCUCGUGAGGGGGGGGGUUGUGUGUUUUUUUCCUCCCUCAAAUCAUUCCUGUAGGAAUUCCACACACCACACCACCACCCCGUGCAUAGGAACCUGGGAGCCUGGGCAUGUACAGAAGGGGAAACUCCGUCUAUUUUUAUAAAUAAAGAAGAUGAAAGACA